AUGGGUAUUGUCCAACUACUUAAAUAUUUUGAAUGGACAUGGGUUGGGAUCAACACACUGGAUGAUGACAAAAGAGAAAGUUUUGUUCGGAACUUAGUGCCAAUGCUUUCCCAGAAUGGUAUUUGUUUUGCUUUCACUGACAGAAUGCCCUCCAUGACAAAUUUCUUGGAAAUCCAUGAUGCAUAUAUGAAGACAGAAAAAAGUCUCAAUUUUUUCAGGAUCAAUGAAGUCAAAGUGCUUCUGGUAUAUGCAGAAACUCAUUCAGCACUGAGUUUGAAAUUUUUGCUCUCUCAAAAUAACAACAUAACAGACUCUCUAGACAGAGUAUGGAUUAUGACAGCCCAAUGGGACUUCCCAGCCUUACAGUUUCAUCAGGAUUGGGAUAUACUGGUGUUCCAAGGGACUUUGUCCUUUGCAGUUCAUUCCAGGGAAGUCCUGGGAUUCCAACAUUUCCUUCCAACCAUAAAUCCUAAUUUCCUAAAUGAAGACAAUUUUAUUAAGGAUUUUUGGGAGCAGGCUUUCAGCUGUUUAUUUUCAAAUAACCCUACUGAGGAAGAGCACACUGAGUUUUGCACUGGGACAGAAAAGUUGCAGAGCCUUGCUGGACCCUUUUUUGAAAUGAAGAUGACUGCCCAAAGCUACAGUGUCUAUAAUGCUGUCUAUGCUGUGGCAUAUGCUUUAGAUGCCAUGCAAUCACUGGAUUCCAAGCACAGGGUGGUGAGAACACAUUGGAGCCCACAGCCUUGGAAGCUUCAUCCUUUCUUGAGGAGAAUUUCAUUUAACAACAGUGCUGGAGACCUGGUGUCUUUAGAUGAGCAUGGUGAACUUGAAGGUGGAUUUGAUAUUAUCAACUGGAUUACUUUCUCAAACAAAUCGUUCUCCAGAGUGAAAGUAGGAAAGUUGAAUCCACAUGUCCUAUCUACCAUACAAUUAUCCAUUAAUGAUGAGAACAUCAUCUGGCAUAGCAAGUUCAAUAAGACACCACCUUCUUCAGUAUGUAAUGACCACUGCCAUCCAGGUUCUGUUAGAAAAAAGAAAGAUGGGAAACCAUUAUGUUGCUAUGACUGUGUUUCAUGUCCCAAAGGGAAGAUUUCUAACCAAAAUGACAUGGACAACUGUAUCCAGUGUCCAGAUGAUCAAUACCCAAACAGCAACCAAAAUGGAUGCCUCUCCAAGAGUUUCAACUUUCUGCUUUAUGAUGAAACAUUGAGCCUCACUUUAGCUUUUAUGGCUAUUUCGCUCUCUGCAAUCACAGCUUUGAUACUUAGGAUUUUCAUUAAGUACCAGCACACUCCUAUUGUCAGAGCCAAUAACCAGGACCUCACUUACACUCUCCUCAUCUCCCUCCUUCUCUGCUUCCUCUGUGCCUUCCUAUUCAUUGGCCAACCUCACACUGCAAUCUGUCUCCUCCGGCAAACCACAUUUGGCAUUGUCUUCUCUGUGGCUAUUUCUUCUGUGCUGGCAAAAACCAUCACUGUGGUUCUAGCAUUUAUGGCCACAAAGCCAGGAUCCAGGAUAAGGGGUUGGGUAGGGAAAAGACUAGCUACUUUUAUUGUCCUCUCCUGCUCUCUUUUUCAAGUAGCUCUUUGUACUGUGUGGCUGUAUACUGCUCCUCCCUUCUCAGACUUGGAUAUGCAUUCUUUGACUGAGGAAAUUGUGGUGGAAUGUAAUGAAGGGUCAUUCUUUAUGUUUUACUGUGUUCUGGGCUAUCUGGGAUUUCUGGCUCUAAUCAGCUUUAUUGUAGCUUUCUUUGCUAGGAAGUUGCCUGAUACUUUCAAUGAAGCCAAGUUCAUAAUAUUCAGCAUGUUGGUGUUUUGCAGUGUAUGGAUCACUUUUGUUCCAACUUACCUAAGUACCAAGGGUAAGUACAUGGUGGUUGUGGAGAUCUUCUCCAUCUUGGCCUCCAGUGCUGAUUUGCUGGGUUGUAUCUUUUUUCCCUAA